AUGGAUACUACUACAGCAACAACUUCUACACCAAUAUAUGAAGAUAAUACAAAGAAUAAUAAUGAAUCAAUAACAGCAUCAACAUCAGAGUCUUCUUCAUCUACUGCUGUCCCUGCAGCAGCAACACCAACAUCUCCACCUCCACCACCACUACCACCAAGACAAGAUGACUUUCUUUUAUCAGAUUAUACACAUGUUGACCCAUGGAGAGUCCCUCAAGACCCUAAAACACAUUUUAAAGCUGUCUUUAUACCUUACAAACAAGAAGUAGAUGUAUUUCAAAUUUAUCUACCAAGAGAUACUUCUGAUUCUGAUGCAGAAGUCAAGAAAAUGAUGAAAGCAACGGCCAUUUCAAAGAGAUAUCUAGCAAAGAAAGAUGAAUCUUGUUUGGUGAUACAAGACUUUACUGUGAAACCAUCGGACCCAGUAGCUGUACAUAAUCACAGAGCAAAUGUUAUUCUUUGUUCUAAAAAGGAACUCUAUGGAAAUGUUGUUCUUACAUAUCGUAUACUUGAUUCCGAUAGAGUUUGGGCUGUUUGUCAAGACAUGACAAUGGAGAUGUACGAAAAACUUGUUAAAUAUGUUGGUACUCCUCUAUUUGAUUUCAAAAACAAUUACAAGAAACUUGUCAAUUAUGUUGAAGCUAUUUGUGUACCAACAGAUUUUAAAUAUCCAAGUGAAGAUGAAACAUGGGUAUCAGAUAAAUUACCACAUUCAAUAUUAAAUGAAUAUUAUGCAACUAUUGGUAGAGGAACAUUCCAACCUGUCAAACAUGAAUAUGCAAAUGGUGGACCAUUUGCUUGUUUUUAUAGUGUUGUCGAUGGUGAUAGUAAAAAGACAUUUGCAUCAAAACCAUUCAAACAAUUAAAGGCUGCUCAGAGUAACCUUGCACUCAAACUAUUACACUAUUAUCUUGGUAUGCAAAACCUAAAGUUGCAUGGUAUCCCCUUUACAGAUACCGAUACUAGUUAUGAAGAAUUUGUAGAGUACCAAGAACAAUUCACAAAAGAACAAGAGGAAAAAGCAUUGGCCAAAGCAAACAAAAUGGAAGUAGAUCAAGUUGUCAUUUCUAAAACAUCAGAUCCAAAAAUGCAAAUUGAAUCUCAACUAAAUGCUCAACAUCAACUACAUCAACAACAACAAAAUUUGGAUAAUAGUACAUCUACCUCUACUACUUCUACUACUGAAUCAUCAGAAACCAAAUAUAUAAUGGUAUUUGAUAAAUUUAAAAUACCAGAGGAUAGUGUUAUUAUGACUCUUGGUGAAGAUAGAGUGACAAAGUUUAUUAUUAAACAGGGAAAGGGAGAAUAUCCAACAUUUGGUACAAAGAUUAUUGCAAAGUAUCAAACCUUUUUGGCAGAUGGUACACCAAUCGAUGACAAGAUUAGACAAGAGACGUUUGAUAUUGGAAUGACAUCGUGUAUUAGAGGAAUGGAGUUUGCAAUGUUUAAUAUGAAACAAGGUGAAAAGGGGUUACUCAAAGUCGAACCAGAGUAUGGGUAUGGUAAGCUAGGUGCCAUGCCAUUGGUCCCACCCAAUUCAACACUCGUCAUUUACAUUGAAAUUCUCAACAUCCAACACAAGACAACACCGGCACAACAAGAGAUUGAUAGUUUAACACCACAAGAAAAGUUAGUGGCAGUUGAAAAGUGUAGAGCCGAAGGUAAACAUUCAUUCGAGAGAAAGUGUUAUGGAAAGUGUAUCAAGAUCUACAAGAAUGCACUCAAAUAUUUGGAUCCUACCAACCUUGGUACAGUUACUCAAGAGGAAUGGACAAAGGUGUUGACCUAUGGAACAUCAAUGUGUGUCAACUUGGCAAUGUCCUAUGCCUCUAUGGGUAUUUGGGAGAGAUGUAGAGCUUAUUGUACUAUGGGUAUCACCAACUUUGAAGAUGAGGUAUCCAAACCUUAUUAUUGGCGUGCUAAAGCAAACAUCCAUCUCGAACAAUAUGUCUAUGCCUUUGAAGACAUUGAAACUGCUAUUGGACUACUAGAAGAAACCGAUAUUGAAACCAAAGAACGUUUCAACAAGUAUCGUGAUUACAUCAAAAAACAUCUGGAUCAAGAAAACACAAAAGAAAGAAAGACCUUUGAAAAAGUAUUUAAUACCUUGGCAGAUGAACCAGAUUUCAUCCCAAAACCAACAUUUAAUAGUCUCUAUGAUGACGACAAUGAACUAGAGGAACAAGAUGAUGAUAAUAUUGAAAUGGAUAUGGAUACUUUAAAUUCAAUCAUUCAAAAUAAUAAUGAUGAAUAA